AUUUUGCCUAUUUUGGAUUCAUUUGGAUAUUGUUGGCUGUUUUGUGUGUAUUUUUUAAAACUUUUGUUUGUCAUUUGUAAAUUUUAUAAAUUUACCACAAUGCAAAGUGAUUACCUAUUUAAGGAAAUUAUUAUUGGAAACUCCGCAGAUGUUUUAGAAAGAUAUUCAUUGAAGCUGAAAAUAAUUGGAGAUUUAGAUCCAUAUACAAUUCAGUCAUCAGAAUUGGAUUUUACAGUGCAAUCCAUCAAUUACUGUCAUAAUGCUAUUAUAGAUAGACUGGUAGAGUCUCACAGUUACUACUUUAAGCAGCAGAUGAAAGCAUACAAAAGCCUUCAGGCACAUAAAAGCCUUCACAACUGGAUUUGUUUUGAAACAUUUGAUGUUUUGAUGAUUUUUAUAUUAUUGUUGGAAAGGUGAAGAAUUCCCAAAAAGCUAAUGCUAAACCACUAGAUGCUUGGGUGGUAGCCAGUUCCAAUGGCAUAGCAAAUGCACAUUGUAUGUGUAUUGCCGGUAAUAGUGAAGUUUGCAGCCAUAUUGCAGCAAUCUUAUUUGCAGCUGAGUAUGCCCACAGCAAGACAGAAGAAGAAGAACCCAAUGCAUGUACAUAUGUUACAGCUAUGUACAUUCUCUGGUGAAAAACUAAUGAGUUUUCAAGCUGUUCAGUCAGAGUGCUUGUUGCGCUCUCUAAACGAACUGAAAUAUAAGACGGCUUUGGCUUCAUGUUGCAGCGAUAUGAAAAUGGUGUCUGUGGAUCUUUUUGUAUGCAAAAAUUUGUAAUAAUUAUUUGAAAUCAUUUUGAGGAUUAUAAGAGUAUGGAUUUUUUUUUUGCCAGUUGGCAAAAAACUGGCAAAAAUCAGCACAAAACCGUGAAGUGUGGAAACAAUUGGGGGAGACCUAUGUCCAGCAGUGGACGUAAAUUGGUUGGAUGAUGAUGAAGAGUAUGGAAAUAUAAAUGUGAGAACACAGACUAUUAUAGUUUUGUUCUACUUUUUAUCAUUCAAUCGUCUUCUUUAAAAUUUAUAAAUAUAAAGCAGAUAGUUUUCAUUGAAAUUCAAUAUAUUGGGUCUUAUUUGUAUAUAUUCAUCUUUGACUAAAGGUACGAUUCCGAUAACGACUGCAGACAGCAACUACAAACAUCAGUUGCAGUUCUCGGCGUUAUGGACGUUACUACUUUGCACUAUUUAUCUGUAUGAGACUGAUUUCGACAUCUGACUGCAACUACUGUCCGGCAGAACGUCAGUUGCUAAUAAUUAUGCAAAUUAUUAGUGCAAAAUAAUGACGUCUGUCAUGGUGACAACUGUAACUGCCAUCUGCAGUCGUUGUCGGAAUCGUACCUU